CAACUGUGAAGAAAUGUCAUUCAGAUUUGGCCAACAUCUUAUCAAGCCCUCUGUGGUGUUUCUCAAGACAGAACUGUCCUUUGCCCUCGUGAACAGGAAGCCUGUGGUACCAGGACAUGUCCUCGUGUGUCCACUGAGGCCAGUGGAGCGUUUCCGUGACCUGCGUCCUGAUGAAGUGGCCGAUUUGUUUCAGGCAACCCAGAGAGUUGGGACAGUGGUGGAGCGGCAUUUCCAAGGCACUUCUCUCACUGUUUCCAUGCAGGAUGGCCCUGAAGCUGGACAGACUGUGAAGCAUGUUCACGUCCACAUUCUUCCCAGGAAGGCUGGAGACUUUAGCAGGAAUGACAGCAUCUAUGAUGAGCUCCAGAAACAUGACAAAGAAGAGGACUCCCCGGCCUCCUGGAGAUCAGAGGAGGAAAUGGCAGCAGAAGCGGCAGCACUGCGCGUCUACUUCCAGUGACGCAG